AUGGGCAGCGGGUCAGACAGCGACAGCGCCAAGAAGAAUAAGAAACCCAAGAAGGACAAGAAGGACAAGAAGGCAAAGAAAGAGAAGAAGGCUACCAAGAAAGACGAUGGCAAAGAGAAGAAGCGGGCAGAACGUGCUCUCGAGUGGAACUGUGAGCGCGGCGACGCGGUGCGCCAGAUAGGGUCGCUACUUCAGCUGGACGACAGCGUUGAGGAGGAGCUGGAGACUGUCUUCGAGAACAUCGACGAUGGGGAGACCGUCCGACUCGAUGGUCUUCAGAACAAGCAGGCCAGAAAGAAGCUGCGACAUUUGUUGCAGGCCUUCCGCCUGACGCAGGAGGACAACGGCAACGCCUACCGGAGUGCGGAGAUCAAGGUGUCCUUCAAGAGCAUCUACCACGAAUGCCUGGCGAGGGCGAAGGAGCAUUUCGCGGCCAAGCCUGUGGAAGCCCCCGAGGUGCCAACGGGACCAAAGCAAAGCAAAAGGUCACUGAAGAAAUUCCGGAAGAAGUUCCAGCAGAACCACUCGAUCCACGUGCAGGCGCUGCUGCCGCGGCCGCCAGUACAGGUCACAGGUAUCGUUCCCGCAACUUCUCGUUUCCCGCCUAAGCACAGCAGAGCCUAG